AUGUACCUGACGUGCUUACCUGGGCCCCAAACUAGCCAACUGCCUCUCCCCCUCCCCCUGCGGUCACCAGGCACCCCCACGAUCUCUGUUGCCACUGAAGUUCUAUUUGGUGAGCGCGGCCCUCGCAUUCCUCGCCCUUCUCUGACUGAAAACAAAUAUUCUGUCUCAAACAAAACUCCUAUCCCCAAUGAAUAUUUAAAGGCGGACCUUAACUUCACUGAGCCCAUCCUGCCUGUGACUGAUAAUGAUGAAAGACACAGUACGCCUAUGAUCCUGACGAAACACCUGGUGGUAUUUGUUGUAACAAGUCCCGAGUGUAGAAAUUUGAAUAAAAAAGCAUCUGUUGAUAGAACAUACUUCCAGAAAGAUGUAUCUGUUGAUACUACGUACUUCCAGAAAGACAUAUCUGUGGAUAGUACGUACUUCCAGAAAGACGCAUCUGUUGGUCGUACGUACUUCCAGAAAGACGCAUCUGUUGAUAGUACGUACUUCCAGAAAGACGUAUCUGUUGAUAGUACGUACUUUCAGAAAGACGCAUCUGUUGAUAGUACGUACUUUCAGAAAGACACAUCUGUUGAUAGUGCUUACUUUCAGAAAUACAUAUCUGUGGAUAGUGCGUACUUCCAGAAAGACGCAUCUGUUGAUAUUACGUACUGUCAGAAAGACGCAUCUGUUGAUAGUACGUACUUUCAGAAAGACGCAUCUGUUGAUAGUGCUUACUUUCAGAAAUACAUAUCUGUGGAAUGUGCGUACUUCCAGAAAGACGUAUCUGUUGAUAGUACGUACUUUCAGAAAGACGCAUCUGUUGAUAGUGCUUACUUUCAGAAAUACAUAAAUGUAGAAUGUGCGUACUUCCAGAAAGACUCAUCUGUUGAUAGUACGUACUUUCAAAAAGACGUAUCUGUUGAUAGUACGUACGUUCAGAAAGAUAUAUCUGUUGAUAGUACUUACUUCCAGAAAGACGCAUCUGUUGAUAGUACGUACGUUCAGAAAGACGCAUCUGUUGAUAGUACUUACUUCCAGAAACACGCAUCUGUUGAUAGUACGUACUUCCAGAAAGACGCAUCUGUUGAUAGUACGUACUUCCAGAAAGGCGCAUCUGUUGAUAGUACGUACUUCCAGAAAGACGCAUCCGUUGAUAGUACGUACUUCCAGAAAGACGUAUCUGUUGAUAGUACGUACUUCCAGAAAAAACGCAUCUGUUGA